AUGGGAAAUAAUUACGCGAUCAUUAAUUUUAUAGAUGCUACUGAUACUGAUGUCGAAUGGCACGCUAUGUCCAAUAAACUUGGAGAAUUGUUCCUGAAGUUAUUGAAUGUAGAGUUAAUUAAAGACAGAAGCACAAGGGAAGAACUGUUGGGUCAGAUUGUUGAUACUUGCUUUGAAGCGAUUGAUAAGAGUAUAAAAUGGCCUGAUGGUCUUUCUCAACUUGUCGACCAGCUUGUACAAAGUGAACUUGAAAAAGCAGCUGGUGUGGACCAUGGUAUUCUCAAGCAAAAUGAUAGUAAAGAAACCCAGGCAUUUAUUAUGACUUUGAAGGAACGUGCUCCGAAGGAAUCAAGUUUGCAAAAGCUGCUUCAAUGGUAUGAACAUAUGAGUGACAUCUUUGUUGACGACAAUAAAGAAAGAGAACAUUCCACUGAUUUAAACAUUUGUGAGAAUCCAGCUCGUGAUAGCAGACAUGCGUUCGAUGAAGAUUCAACGGAACAGCAGAGUGAUGAACAUGAACUCUCACUAGAUAACACUGACAUUCUGGAUAACGUGUCGAGUCUGUUCAGAAAUAUAGAGAAAUUCCUGAAUUGGUCACCCUCGUCGUCCAAUAGAGAGCUAGAUGAAAGAGCACAAUUGAUAAGCAAAAUCGUAGACGACUCAAUAAAAAAUAAACAUUAUAUACCUGAUGGACUUAUUGAAGUAGUAGUCAAAUUGACAAGCCAUGAACUAAAGGUGCUGAGUGCCACCUAUAAACAAAUUUUAAAGGACAAUGGAGCCGCUGCUACUCGAGAUUACCUCAACGAGAAGAAAGAUGCUUCAAGUGAAUCACGUGGCCAUAUGCUGUUUAAUCUUCUGCAAGGAUAUGAUCGUUUGGUUGAGGGCAAUAUAAAAUAUAACGAGGUACAGACGCCAACCACGUCAUUAAAUUAUGUUCUACCUGGCGUAAGGAUUUCACAAUUGAAGAAGUUGCUGGAGAUAUGUGUCAACAAAAAUGAAGCAAAGAAAAGAACGUACGAGGAGAAGAUAGACUACAUUCCUGAAGGCACUGAGUCUAAAGAGAUUACCAAAGUUAUGUAUGACUUAGGAAAAGAAAUAACAAAACAGACGGAAGUAGAGAAACAAGCUACACUAAUGUGUGAUUUGGGUAAAGAAUAUGCAGAUUUAGCAAAAGAAACCGGAGAGGGUUGGCAUUUCAACUAUGCAACAGCUCUGUACAAUACCGCCUUACAACGAUUCAAAAAGAUUAACGCAGAGAACGAGGUAAUCUUAGCUGAUUGUUUUAAUAAUAUACAGAAACAACUGCAACAAUUAGAAACCGGCCUCCUUAAGACAGUAUUAAAAGAGAACAAGGAAUCCCUCAGCAAGAGCAGGGAAAGGUACAAAGCUGUUUUAGAAGGCAUUCGAAAAUAUUCAAAAGAGGCGAUACAUGAUAUUCAAACGGAAGACAUGUUAAUAGACUCGUUGACGAUCGAGAUGAAUGAUGAAUGCCAAAGGAGAACGAUCGAAAAUAGUAAAUGUUACUAUGAUACUCUGACGAGUAAGAUCAUAGAAUUACACAAACUCAUGAUAGAUGACUGUAUUUCAGUUCUAGGUCGUCCCAAUUGUAGGUUUGCAAUAAUAGGCCUAGGAUCGUUGGCUCGGAAGGAGGUAACCGCGUGGUCUGACCUCGAAUCAGCAAUUUUGUAUGACCGAACUGGUAAGUCAAAAGAUGAAAUUGACAAUUUAAAACGCGAUUUUAGCAUUCUUGUUCAUUAUUUACACCUGAAGAUUAUCAAUCUCGGAGAAACAAAGAUCAAUGCCCUGGAUAUUCCCGUUCUUUGCGAUUUCAAUUGUAAACUUCCGAAAGGUGUCAAAGAUAAUGAUUUUCAUGAUGAAAUAACCCCACAGGGUCUUUGUUUCGAUGGUGCCUUGCCAAAAGCUAGUAAAAUACCCUUUGGUAGACGAUCUACAAAACACCCUACAAAACAAGACACUUUAGAGUUGAUUAUGACCCUUGAUGAAAUGUCUGAAUGUCAGCUUGGAGAAGUCUCUCUCAAGGAAGGUUAUCAUCUAAGCGAUGUACUUUUAACAUCCACUCUGAUCACUGGGGAUGAAUCAUUGUGGAACGAGUACAAUGAAAAGGUCCACGAAAUACUUUCCUCUCGUUCAACCAUUGACCCAAAACUGUCUGUAGGUAAAGAAAGGGGAAUAGAAACGUUAAGGGAAGAUUUAAAGGCUUACCUCACCAAACCUCUUACGCCAGAGUCAUUCAAUUCACAGAUGCGUACAAAACACAAUAUUUACCGAUUUGCAACUAUAUCAAUUAACACUCUUAAGUUGUUGCAUCAAUGUAGAUCAUUUUCUUCCCUGGAUAUUCUCGACGAGUUACACGAUAAGCAAGUACUGCCUGCGAGCGCUAAAAUAGAUUUACAGCUCAUGGUAUGCAUGGCCAUCAACAUGCGUCAUUUAGUAUAUGGUAGAUGUGGCCAACAACGAGAAAUGAUAUCUUUCGUAACUAGUCCAUCUCAUGAUGAAUUGCUUGCCGCCUCUGAUCAUGUAUCAGUUAGGGAUUACGCACCCGCUAUUUUUCGGUUUUAUGCAACUCUCAUUCCAUGGACAGAUUUUUUGUUGUAUAACUUCUGUUUUAAUGAUAUUUCAACUUGUAAAUACCAAUCUCAAUAUAUCAACUUGAAUCCUCAAACAAGUGCAAGUAUACAAAAAGAAAUGUAUAUGUUUCAAGGCGUGAUUAAUUCUCUCGAACGUGAAGUUGAGACUUCUGCAAAGAAUUCAGAAACUUUUGCAAGGUUAGACGCACUUGGUGACGCGUAUAACAGUAAAGGUGAGUUUGAUAAAGCGAUCAAAUAUUACAAUAAG